GUAGAUAUCUGCAGGGGGCUCCACGGACUUCCUUUGCACCAUAUUAUACUGUAUGCCUCCCUUUGUUGAGGUGGAGCUGGCAGCGGGUUCCUGGGACACUCAAUACGAUUUUCUUUUGGGAUGGACAGGAUAUAUAAGCUUUGUUGUCCUCAGUAAUGAAGGGGUUAGCCUGUGAUCCACGUGAGGCUGGUGUGCUUCCAUCGAUUCUAUCUCCUUGUAGACAAAUGCAGAGCUUGUGCUUUGCAGUCUUGUCGGGGCUGCAGUAAGGCUGAGCUGAACGAUGCUGCUUUAACUCAACGUCAGAUCAAGUUUGAUCAAUAACCCCCCUACUGGUCCAAUUGGAAGAUCCUUAUUCAUCUGAUCUUUUUUUUUUUCCUCACUCCCUUUCUCUCUUCACCACCAUCUUUGUGAAAAGUCCCCUGAUUUCCUAUAGUGAGAACGGGGCUGGAUUUGCAGCUUGCAUCCAAUGGAACUGUCCAGGGUGCUGUAAUAAUAGUGCCUAGAGAAAGUGCCGGGAGACUUCAGUCCUGGCUGUGUCAGUUUCGUUUUAGAAAUUGAAAUCGUACGGCUGUGAAAAUGGGGCAAAACGAGAUACAGACUGUCUUCUUUUUGCUGGUGAGCCUUGCAGGAGAAAGCUUUGGAGGAUUCCCUAACACAAUCAAUAUAGGUGGACUUUUCAUGAAAAAUACCAUUCAGGAACACAGUGCAUUUAUAUUUGCAGUGCAACUGCACAACACUAACCAAAAUAACACAGAGAGGCCCUUCCAGCUGGUCCAUCAUGUAGAUCACUUAGACUCGUCCAACAGUUUCUCAGUGACAAAUGCAUUUUGUUCACAGUUUUCCCGUGGUGUUUAUGCCAUCUUUGGAUUCUACGAUCAAAUGUCCAUGAACACUCUCACAUCAUUUUGUGGUGCCCUUCACACCUCAUUUAUCACACCAAGCUUCCCAACAGACGCUGAUGUACAGUUUGUUAUUCAGAUGCGACCAGCACUUAAAGGAGCCAUUCUAUCUCUGCUCAGUGAUUAUGACUGGCAAAAAUUUGUUUACCUAUAUGAUACUGAAAGAGGUUUCUCCAUUCUUCAGGCCAUCAUGGAAGCAGCCGUACAGAACAACUGGCAAGUAACAGCCAGAUCAGUGGGGAAUAUAAAAGAUGUUCAGGAAUAUAAACGCAUCAUAGAGGAAAUGGACAGACGUCAGGAGAAAAGAUUUGUAAUAGACUGUGAAGUUGAAAGAAUAAAUACAAUUUUGGAACAGGUUGUAAUCCUUGGCAAACACACACGGGGCUACCACUAUAUGCUUGCAAACCUGGGAUUUACAGGUAUUUCACUAGAGAGAGUCAUGCACGGCGGAGCAAAUGUCACUGGAUUUCAGAUUGUGAAUAAUGAAAACACAAUUGUACAGCAGUUUUUACAGAGAUGGGUACAUCUGGAUGAUAGAGAGUUUCCUGAAGCAAGGAAUACACCAUUAAAGUACACAUCUGCUCUGACCCAUGAUGCUGUCUUAGUAGUCGCUGAAGCGUUCCGAUACCUAAGGAGACAACGAGUGGAUGUAUCAAGACGAGGGAGUGCUGGAGACUGCAUGGCAAAUCCUGCGGUGCCUUGGAGCCAAGGGAUUGACAUAGAAAGAGCCUUAAAAAUGGUGCAAGUUCAAGGGAUGACUGGGAAUAUACAGUUUGACACAUAUGGCAGAAGAACUAACUACACUAUUGAUGUGUAUGAAAUGACAGCAACUAAACCACGGAAGGUUGGACACUGGAAUGAAUAUGAACGCUUUGUCCCUAUCCCUGAUCAGCAGCCUGUUAAUGAGUCUUCCUCUGUGGAAAAUAAGACAAUUGUAGUUACAACAAUUUUGGAAAAUCCAUAUGUAAUGAAAAAGAAAAAUUAUGAGCAGCUGGAUGGCAAUGAGAAGUAUGAAGGGUACUGUGUGGAUCUUGCUAGUGAGAUUGCAAAGCAUGUUGGAAUAAAAUAUAAACUUUCCAUUGUCGAAGAUGGCAAAUAUGGUGCUCGUGACCCAGAAACGAAAAUAUGGAAUGGAAUGGUGGGGGAACUCGUAUAUGGGAGAGCAGACAUAGCUGUCGCCCCGCUCACCAUUACUCUGGUACGGGAAGAAGUGAUUGAUUUUUCAAAACCAUUUAUGAGCCUUGGCAUCUCCAUCAUGAUUAAGAAGCCUCAAAAAUCAAAACCAGGAGUAUUUUCUUUCCUGGAUCCCUUGGCAUAUGAAAUAUGGAUGUGUAUAGUUUUUGCGUACAUUGGAGUCAGUGUAGUUCUUUUCCUAGUGAGCAGAUUCAGCCCUUAUGAAUGGCACUUGGAAGACACAGAUGAAGCUCGUGACCCUCAGAACCCUCCCGACCCUCCAAAUGAGUUUGGAAUAUUUAACAGCCUGUGGUUUUCCCUGGGUGCCUUUAUGCAGCAAGGAUGCGAUAUUUCUCCAAGAUCUCUCUCUGGGCGAAUAGUUGGAGGAGUAUGGUGGUUCUUCACUUUAAUCAUAAUCUCCUCCUACACUGCCAACUUGGCUGCUUUCCUUACAGUGGAAAGGAUGGUGUCUCCCAUAGAAAGUGCAGAGGAUCUAGCAAAACAAACAGAAAUAGCAUAUGGCACUUUGGAUUCAGGAUCUACCAAAGAAUUUUUUCGGCGAUCGAAGAUAGCAGUCUAUGAGAAGAUGUGGUCAUAUAUGAAGUCAGCAGAGCCCUCUGUGUUUACCAAAACUACAGAUGAUGGUGUAGCUCGUGUUCGGAAGUCUAAAGGAAAGUUUGCCUUCCUGCUGGAAUCUACAAUGAAUGAAUACAUCGAGCAGAGAAAGCCAUGUGAUACCAUGAAAGUCGGAGGAAACUUGGACUCCAAAGGAUAUGGAGUGGCAACCCCAAAAGGCUCAGCAUUAAGAAAUGCUGUUAACCUGGCAGUAUUAAAACUGAAUGAGCAAGGACUCUUGGACAAAUUGAAAAACAAAUGGUGGUACGACAAAGGAGAAUGCGGCAGCGGGGGAGGUGACUCCAAGGACAAGACAAGUGCCCUGAGUUUAAGUAAUGUCGCAGGGGUGUUCUAUAUUCUUGUUGGAGGCCUUGGACUAGCCAUGAUGGUGGCUUUGAUAGAAUUCUGCUACAAAUCACGAGCAGAAUCUAAAAGAAUGAAAAUCACGAAGAAUUCACAAAACUUUAAACCUCCACCUGCAACUAGCACUCAGAAUUAUGCUACAUACAGAGAAGGUUACAAUGUCUACGGAACAGAAAGCGUUAAAAUAUAAGGAUCACCAACAAGAAGAACCAAGUGAUGGGGUGAAAAAUUGAGAAUGAGGCUUCUUCCUAUUUCCUGACCACCUGAGCCAGUUAAACUCUUUCCCUGGUGUCAGGAAUGACACAAACCGCUGAUGGUGCAAAGAACUUUUACUAGAAAGAACAAAUUUUUUUUUUCCUUCAGUGCCUUAUGGAACAUUCUGAGUCUCACACCAAUGCAAACUAUCACUGAAAUGCUAAUGCUUUGCUUGAAAAAAAGAAAAUAUUAAGUGGCCACAAGAUGAGAUUCUCGUGUAAGAAAUCAUACUGUUGUAAAAGACAAGUUCUAUAAAAGCCAUUGAUUAUUAGCACUGUACAGAGCCUCAGAUGCUCUAUAUGCAUUUUUUAGAGGUGCAUUCACUCUUUCUCAUGAUUGACAAAUACACUUGAGUAACAUAUUGUCUUGUCUUCAUUGCAGUCACAUUGUUUUAUGUUUCACUAAACCCACUCAGGCUGCCAGACGUAUUAUUAAAGACAAACUAGGCUUAAUUGCCUCAUCUAAUUUGAUUUGAUGAUUGAAAGCUCGGAAAGAGGAAAAGAAUGUGGAGAAGGCAUGGUAGAAGCUAAAUAUCACCUAUACCCCAUUGCUGUCCUUAAACACUUGAACAUGUCUUGUUAGUAUACGAAAGAGCAGAUUAUGUGUCUAUAAUUAUUUUAGUAUACUGUAUGUCUAGAGUGAAUGCACUUUUAAAUUCACAUGUUUUACAUUAAUAUGUAUUAUUGUUAGUAAUGCUGUUAUGUGUUAAGAACAGCAUUCUGUUAGACUGAUAGCUAACAGUGUCUCCUGGGUUCUUCCUAAUUUACCCCUGAAAUGUUAAAGAUAUUAUUAAUUAUCUGCCCUCGGAUAAAAAAAUAUGACUGCAACUUUCAGGUGUAAAAAGUAAAAAAAAUCAUUAUUUCAGGUUUUAUAUAUAUAUAUAUAUAUAUAUAUAUAUAUAUAUACACAUACAUAUAUACAUAUAUAUUUUUUAUACUAAAAUAUGAAAUGCACUGCUUAACUAAGGUUAAAUGGUAACUUGGUCAUCACUUUAACAGAUUUUCUUUGGCAUAAUACAGUUUCCACUUAUUGGGACUUAAGUACCAAGUGUGAAAAAUUUAAAUGUGAAUUUACUACAUUGAGCCAUUGUUACUCAUAAGCAACAUAAGUUGUUUGCAUUUGUGCAAACAUCAUUAAAACGAUAUACAAAAUGAGCUAUUAGUAGAAUAACCCAUAAUUAACCCUGUAUCAAUUUAUUAGCAUAUUUACAAUAAUAUUUUUGCUUUCAAAACAAAAAUAAGAGUGCAGUCUCUAUUUUAGAUAAUAACCAAAACUACCAGAUCAAUAUUUAUAUAGGCAUUUGUUAUUAUUUUUGCUGUGUUUUGAUCUUUGUCCAAAAUUAUAAGACUGUUUGCUUUUAGUAUAAUUAUAUUUGUAUCAUUAUUUACUGAAUAUAAUUAUUCCUAUUAUCAUUAUCAGAACUAGUAAUGUCAGUUACAUUAAAACACAGGCUAAAGGGUAGCUGUAUAGCCAUCAUAAUUUUAAGUUUCACCUUACAAUGAAUUCCCUGUUUAAAAAAUACAGUAGCAUAGUUUAUUUUCAUACAAGUUGUAGAUAAUUAAAUAUUUCCAGGAAUAUAUAGGACUUGCUGAUGUUUGGGACAUACUAACAAUUACAUUAUUAUGGAUCCUACAAGGCCAGAUACACUCCUUAAAAGGUUUACAUUAAAAUAGCAUGCAAAGAAUACUGGUUAGACAUAUUUGUUAACAUUUCUAAAGUGCAGAUUGUGCUAAACCUCUUUGGCUGUAUCAUUUAUUGUUAUUAUUAUUAUUAUUAUUAUUAUUAUUUCAUUUAUAUGGCAUUACCAAAUGUCCAUAGUACCAUAACCCUUCUUCAACAAGGAAACUAUGAAAUGUUUGACAUAUGUUUCAAAUUUGGUCCUUGUCUGUUACUGCAUCUAAUGUAACUUGUCAAAAGUUGGUUAUUGCUAAAAGUAUUCCCAAAACUGCCCAUCCUAGGGAGUUAGUCCUUUCACAGAAAUGUUAACCCAUACAAGUGAAAGCAAUAAUGAAAUGAUUGAAGAGCAAAUAGUUGAGCAGUUUGUAUAGCAAUGUUGUCCAAGUGAUGCAAAUGUAUUAUGUGGUGCAAGCAGUGCACAUGUUACGUGUUCAAUAUUGUUUUUUGAAAGGUGCUAACCCAAACACAUAAUAGGAACACAGCUCAUAGUUAAUCUGAUCAUAGCUUGGGCAGAAUUGAUAUACUAUUUCCUCAAUUAAUUCCUGGCAUUGUAAUUGCAACUUUUUAAAAACUUAUUUUAUGAAUGAAAAUUGUAUUUGGUCUUGUACCUAUUUGUUUUGUAGUGCUCUCCAAUCAGUCCACAAAAGCAAGUUAUUGUUUGCAUAUAGCACCCGGAGACAUCCUGUACUUACUUCCAGCAUUGAAGGCUACUAUAUUGCCCACUUCCAAUCAAUUAGCACAAACAUAAUUCAUAAUUAUUAUUAAUGAGUCACAUACAUAGUAAUAAUGAUUGAUGAACCACAUUCAGCACAUAGUUCUCCAAGCAUAAUUUCAUAUCGAAACAGCACAACUUUUAAUGUCUAUGUGGUGCUUAAAUUGCACUGUGACAUUUUUAAGACAGUGUAAUGAGGGUAUGAUUUGAGUUGAUUGGCCCCCACCCUUUAGGGUCUGAUUUAAGAGGAAUAGCCUCAACAUGGAACCCACCUCUAAGUGUCUGAUUUGAGUGGAAUGUCUCCCACCUCUGAGGGUGUGAUUUCAGUGAAAUAGCCCCACCCCUGAGGUCCUAAGUUAAAAUAGAUCAUAGAAAAUGCAACUAACAAUUGCAAAUAAAAAAUAUAAAUGUCAGAGGUUGUAUGAAGUUAUAUAAUUGAAUUAAAGAUUUAGUAUUUUGUAAAAUAUUUAAAUGCUUUAAAAUGUAUAUUGACAUUGUGUUAACUAGUAAAAAAAAAUAAUGCAAUUCAGGAAGCUAUAAACAAAUGUUUUGGCUAUUAAUACAAAAAUAUUUCUAAAGACAAAACUUUUCUUGAUGGUAUAGGUCCCAACUUCUGAUUUAAUGUUAAAUGUAGCACAGUGGGAAAUAUUUAGUGCAAAUUGCCAUGAUAUUGGUCUUGCUCAAACAUUACUAUCUAUCCAAGCUCAGGCUACAACAUGGAUUAAAAGAAAAUACUGUGCUCAGCAUCACAACUGUAGAAUUGAAAGUGUCAAAGCACUAAACCUUGACACAUUGACACGCAACAAAAAAUUGUCAGUUUCGAUCUCAAAUUGCUUUGACCCUUGUAUGUUCUGUAAAAUGUGCAAUUCACUUCAGUAUUACUUUAUGCUCCAAGUAAAAUGCUCUUUCAGUUUAUAUACAGUAAAAUAGCACUGAGGAAUGGUUGCUUUGAUAAGCUAUAGAGUUUUCACUCACAGUUGCAUCCAUUGUAAGGCAACAUUUCUGAAAUAGGUACAUGGGUUUUCUCAAACAACAAAAAAAGUGGAGAAAUUAUUUUUGUACAACAGUGUACAAGUUUAUUAUUUAGCUUUCUUGGCAAAACAGUGUUAUUGUGUUAUAGUCAGUUCCCAUUAGCGCAGAAACAUAAUUUUGCUCAAAAGAGAUAACCCAUGGUUACUUAGGGCCUAAUCCAUAUUUGCAUGUAACCCUGAUGGUUUAUGUGCAAAUAUGAUGUUUGGGGGUUUGUGCAGGUGAAAGAUCCAUUCUGCGCAUGUGCAGAACAGGUAUUGCAAUAUUGCUUGCAGUCCCCUGUCAGCCACAGCGUUAUUGACAUUUGGGGGGCAGUACCCAGCACCAUUCUUUACAGGGGCAUGUUGACCAUGUUUUGAAUGCAUGAUGGGUCCAGGGACUGCAUUGUCUGACGCAGAUUUCCUGGACCCGGGAGUCUGGACCUUAUGGCCAGCCUGAAUAAGCUUCACCUUAUAUGAGCUGGCCAGUGCCUGAAACCCUUACAAAUUGUGAACAAUGGUCACUGUGGUUGCAAUGCUGAUGCAAGGCUGCAUCCUCAGAUAUAGCACUCAAAUCUUGCAAAUACAAGAGGUGGCCUCUAUCUCCUACAGAUACUUCCUGUUACAUUUGAAUGUUAAUGACAUGCAUAGGCGUGCGCAGCAAAUUUUAUUAGGGGGUGCACUGCUGGAGGCGCAUGUCUAGCACCGCCUUUUGGGCGUGUCUCGCAUCGCCGAGGGACAUGUCUGACACUAUUCUCUCAGUAAAAUCACAUGGCGUAAUCUAAUUUAUCUCUAGUAUCUAAUAAUACAAGUACAUACAAUACACCCCAGAGAAAUAAAAUGAAACAUAAUGGUGCGACCAGUAGCCACUACUGACUGUCCGCUACGGCAUAAGUCCUAGCUGCCGCUGCAUCCUAUCGCUACUUACACUUCCCCAACCUAUCUCUGACCUAGUGAUGGAACUAGAGAGUGGUGAACCUUGGUGCAAAAUUCACAUUAUGCCACAUGGUAUGAGCCGAAAUUCACAUUACGCCACAUGGUAUAAGCCAAAAUUCACAUUACGCCACAUAAUGAGCCAAAUUCACAUUAUGCCACACAGUAUGAGAUAAAAUUCACAUUACGCUGCACGAUAUGAGCCAACAUUUACAUUACGCCACACAGUAUGAGGCAAAAUUCACAUUACGCCACAUUAUGCCCCGGCCUUAAUAUACCCCAUAGUACCCCCCAAACACAUUAUAUAAUACACAGUGCACCCUAAACACAUGCAACACAGUGCCCUCCCCCCACACACACAUUAUGUGACACAUAGUGCCUCUCCAAAUACAUUAUAUAAUAUACAUUAUACAUUACUUGUGGGUGCGCUCGCAGCUGAGUGCUCCUCACCGCCGACAACUACUGCCGUCCUUUCUCUCUCCUUCACCCCCUCUUUCCCUGCAGUCCUGUUCACAUGUGGGUUCCAGUAGCGGGUGCAGCUGACAAAUGCACCCUCUAUUGCCCCUGCAGCGGCGUGUCUCUUCCCCUAUCGCCAAGCCUGCUGACCGGGCGUGACGGGCAGGUGAAGAGAGAGAAGCGGCGGGUGGAGGGGCGGGCUCGGGUGUAGAGAGCGAGGGUUGGUGGGUGUAGAGAGUGGGGGUGGGCGGGCAUAGCGAGCAGGCGGACAGCCGUAGAGAGCAGGCGGUCUGUGUUGGCAGGCGUAGAGUGCGGGUGGGCAUACACAGUCAGGGAUAGAACUGCAAGCCUGGCAAUGACUCAGUUACAGGCAUGUGUAAGGGGGGUGCCGGACAUUAGGGGGUGCCUGUGCACACCAGGCACCCCCCCUGCGCACGCCUAUGAUGACAUGGACUUGCACAGCCACUUCCUUGCGGCAGUGCAAUCCCAUACAAUCAUGAAUUAGGCCCAUUAUGCAAAGUUGCAAAUCUAUUAUACAUAUAGUAUGUUCUACAUGACUUGUCUACAGCCUUGGUUUAAUUCUGAGCCAUAUUUUUCUAUCCUAACAGCUGUAUUAUUGUAAGGAUAUCAGUGUUUCAAAAUAUUAAAAUGUUUAACAGAGCACUGAGAAAGUUUAAUUUUGUAUAACUGUCAAUGUAGAAUUGUUAUAUAGAUUCUAGUGACAUGCAUAGAAAUUACCUGACCUGUUUGUUAAGUCUAGUUCAUUAUUGACUUGUCCACUCUAAAAUGGCAGAUGUGAAGUUCACAGAAAUAUAAUGUAUUAAAACUAAUUGACUUUAUUUAUAUACAUCAGUUAUAGGAACCCCUGCCAUAUAAUGCUUAAUGAUCUUUAAUAUGUCGAUUGAAAUAUUAUGUCUAUGAAGCCUUUUGUUCUUUAAUGACAAACCAAAAGGCCUUACUAAAAACCUCCAACUUUAAGAAAAGAUAUAUAAAUAAACAAACGGUUAAAAUGUGAUCAGAAAAAGCAAAAAGAUAUAUUUACAUGGAAAGGAAAUAUCAGAAUUAGAAUCUUCCAGUUUUGGAAUACCAUCCAAACCAAAUAUUUUUGUUGCCAUUAUCUGAAUAAAAUUUGGAAAGAGGUCUUCCCAGGUGGAGUGGGCUUUCACAUUACGUAUGCUACAAACUUUUUGUAGACUGGCUGCUUUUUGGGAGAUGCUACUGUCUUAAUUAUUCAAAAGCAUUUUAAAAUGCAAAUCUCAUAAAGUCUACAGCUCAAGAGUGUAAAGAGAUGCCCCAAAAGACCAGCGUUGAAAUAUACUGGAAAAGAGUAAAUCAAAAGUAAAUAAACUAAGCUCUUUAUUAGUAAAUUUAGAUAGUUUCAUUUGAAUUUAUAACUAUUCACAUGUUUCUGUUGAACAUAAAUAUCUUUCUUUAGUAUUAUGCAUUUGAUGUCAUAACAGAUUUGCACAAAACACUUGGUAGCAUGCAUAGAAAGAUUUAUUUUAUUUAUAUAUAUAUAUAUAUAUAUAUAUAUAUAUAUAUAUAUAUAUAAAACAUUUAAUUUCUACAUAUUAUACAUAUAUUCAUAUAUAUGCUUUCAUUAUUUAUAAUUACUGUAUUAAAAAAAUCUUAACAUGCCUUCAUCAUAUUUAGGCAGCUAGGUAGUUCAGCAACCCCACAAAGAUUGGCCAACACUUUGCAAUUACCUUGUAAAUUAGGGAGAACCCUCAAACAGAGCCCCAGACAUCAACAUCAUAAAAACAUUUCAUCAGAGAAUACACUGUAGUUGUCUUGUUAUGAAAAUGCAGAUAUGUAAUGUACUUUAUUUACACAAAACAAAAAUAUAUAUAUUAAGAAUGGCCUUUUAAUACCUUCUCAGCUGGAAGCAUGUAAAAGCAGUGAAUUAUGGGUAACAAAACAUGGAUACCAGCUGAGAAGUGGGACUUUCUUAAAAUGGAACUGUGAUUUUUUUUUUUUUUUAAUCUUAAUGCUAUUAAUAUCCUAUUGUGGGAGACAAAAAGCUGUGCCGAAUAUACUAAAAACAUGUUUUCCUAGAUGUUAUUUAACUCUUUCUGUGAUAGAGGAGCCAACACUUGUUACCUUGUGGCAGCAUCUGUCAAGGAAAGUGUUAAAAGUAAGUUUAUGAAUGAAACAUUAAUUUUUAAGAGUGUGAGCUUCAUACCGAAGCAGGGAUGUUCGGUAUUUUUUAACAGAAACAAAAUGCAUGUAAAAACUACUGAUUGCUUACAUUUUCCUGCUAUAACUGCGACCAGUCAGCAGUAGAACAUUUGGGAUAUAUAUUUUUUCUUUGUAUUUUAAUGUUUAUUUUGUUUUCUUUUAACUUCAUUUUUUAACUGCAGAUUGGUGAGCAGUAAAAUUGCCAAGCAAACUUAUGGCUGUAAAGAGAUAUAAAUGCAUGUAUGGACAGAUUACUGAGCCUCAUUUUAAUGAGGCAUGUACAAAGUUUUAAUACAUUUUGGAAAUAAAAUGUAAAGAAAGAAAAAUA